UGAGCUACCCAGGUGCCCCUUUUAAUUUUUUAAAAAUAUUUUUGAGAGAGAGAAAAUGAAGAAACAUUUUUAUACUCUCGUAGCUAAAAGUUGGCAGAGCUAGAAUGUAAGCCUUUAUUAAUUUUAAUCUAAAUCUCAUGGUCUUGCUCAUAUUCCAUUUUGAUGAAUAACCAGAAUCGAUAUUGACUGGACUUUGUCUACCCCGCAGUAUCCAUUGCCAGGAACUGUACUUGGGUGCCUCCAGGAAGUGUUCGUGGGGUGACUGCUGAAUGACUGACUAUGUGGACUCUGUCUUUCCAGGUUUCUUGGAGUCUCUGUUGAGCCCGUGGGCCAGACCCCAUAGCGGAGGCUGCAGAAACUUCCUUCCGGCCCCAGCAGCUCUGUUUGAGUCCACGGACCCCACCUGGCUUCCGGCUCUUGGGAGGAGCAUCAGGAAGAGAGCUGGAGGGCUGAGGCCCAGCGGGAACAUGCCAGCCAACCAGAGCUCUCCCGGGCCAUCCCUGGCUCUGGCUGUGGGGAGAUGUGACAACCCGUGUGAGGGCUCCGUGUCGUUCGAGGAUGUGACUGUGGACUUCAGCAGGGAGGAGUGGCAGCAGUUGGACUCUACACAGAGACGUCUGUACCAGGAUGUGAUGCUGGAAAACUACAGCCACCUGCUCUCAUUGGGGUAUGAAGUUCCCAAACCAGAAGUCAUCUUCAAGUUGGAGCAAGGAGAGGAGCCAUGGAUUUUGGAGAGAAAAACCCCACAUCAGAGCUGUUCGGAUGGGAGGCUUGGGAUUAAGACCCCACAAAGAAGAAUUUCUGGAAAAGCUUCAUUUCAUAGUGAAAUGGAGGGUGAAGAUACAACAGAUGAUUCAUUGUAUUCCAUUUUAGAAGAACUGUGGCAAGAUUCUGAACAGAUUAAAAGAUAUCAGGAAAAACAGAGCAAACCUCUGAGUCAUGCUGUUUUCAUCAAUAAGAAAAUAUUGAAUACAGAGUGGGACUUUGAAUAUAAAGACAGUGGAAAAUUUGUGCCUUCAAGCCCAAAUCGUAUUCCUUCACAGAAAAGACCCCAUAAACGUGACUCAUUUGGAAAGAGUUUUAAGCAGAAUUUAGACUUACAUACUCCUAGUAAAAACACUGCAACAAAGAAUUUUGAUAAAAAUAUUGGACGUGGUCAAGUUUUCACUCAGAGCUCUUCUUAUACUAGCCAUGCAAAUACUCCUACAGGAGGGCAAUUCUGUGAAAGUAAUCAGUGUGGAAAAGUCCUCAGCCUUAAACAAGCAUUCAGUCACAAUCUGAAAUUUCCUGCUGGGGAGAAAACAAAUGUGUGUACUGAGUUUGGGAAGAUCUUCACCCAGAAGUCACACCCCUUUGCACCCCAGAGAAUCCAUACUAUGGAAAAACCUCGCGAACUUGGCAAAUGUGUAAAUGUUUUUACACAGAAGCCACUACUCAGUAUAUAUCUGAGAGUUCAUAGAGACGAAAAAUUGUACAUAUGUCCUGACUGUGGGAAGGCAUUCAUCCAUAAUUCAGAAUUAAUUAUGCAUAAGAAAACUCAUACUAGAGAAAAACCCUAUAAAUGCAGUGAAUGUGGAAAAUCAUUUUUCCAGGUGUCAUCUCUACUUAGGCAUCAGACCACUCAUACUGGAGAAAAACUCUAUGAAUGCAGUGAAUGUGGGAAAGGCUUCUCCCUGAACUCAGCCCUCAAUGUGCAUCAGAAAAUUCAUACUGGGGAGAGACACCACAAAUGUAGUGAGUGUGGGAAAGCCUUUACCCAAAAAUCAACACUCAGGAUGCAUCAGAGAAUUCACACAGGAGAGAGAUCUUAUAUAUGUACUGAAUGUGGGCAGGCCUUCAUCCAGAAAGCACACUUGAUUGCCCAUCAAAGAAUUCAUACUGGAGAGAAGCCUUAUGAAUGCAGUGACUGUGGGAAGUCUUUCCCUUCUAAGUCACAACUCCAGAUGCAUAAGCGAAUUCACACAGGAGAGAAACCCUAUAUAUGCACUGAAUGUGGGAAGGCCUUUACCAACAGAUCAAAUCUCAAUACUCACCAGAAAUCUCAUACUGGAGAGAAGUCUUACAUAUGUGCUGAAUGUGGAAAGGCCUUCACUGACCGGUCAAAUUUCAAUAAACACCAGACCAUUCAUACUGGAGAGAAACCCUAUGUUUGUGCUGACUGUGGCAGGGCCUUCAUCCAGAAGUCAGAGUUAAUUACACAUCAGAGAAUUCAUACUACAGAGAAGCCUUAUAAAUGUCCUGAAUGUGAAAAAUCCUUCUCCAAGAAACCACAUCUCAAAGUACAUCAGCGAAUUCACACAGGAGAGAAACCUUACAUGUGUGCCGAAUGUGGGAAGGCCUUCACUGACCGGUCAAAUUUCAAUAAGCACCAGACAAUUCAUACUGGAGAGAAACCCUAUAAAUGCAGUGACUGUGGAAAGGGCUUCACUCAGAAAUCAGUUCUGAGUAUGCAUCGCAAUAUUCAUACAUGAAAGUAACCCUGUUUCUUAAAAAUGAGAAAGCCUUAUCACAGAAGUCAGGUCUACAUGUGUAUUAUGAAAUCUAUCCAAGACAGACCCUACAUGAAUACACUGCGUAAUAAAAAGCAUUUUUCAGGCUCUUGCACCUGAGAUGAGAAAAACUAUUCCAGAGACCCUCUAAGAAUGCAUUGAUUCAAAGGGACUUUUCAUAUUUGCAUGGCUUCACAAAAUAGAAUCGAAUCCUGUCAGUUUGGGGAAAAUGCUGUCAGUUUGAUGCAUUAGGUAAAGCCUUCCUGUAGAAAGUGUGAUAAGGCAAAUUGUUACCCAAUUCUUUAUAGAUGGAGCGAGCAAAAUUAUGUAAAUGACAGUCAUGUUUACUGUGUUAUAUUAGGCAAUUUAAAGUGGCAACAAAGUGAAAGGAAGAACAACAAAAUAAUGUAUUUGAUGUGUAAACCUACACUCAGUUCUGUAGGGUGUUUGUGGCAGAACACAUUGCACAACAGAAGGAAUAAUUGAAUUGAAGUUCUUUUUUGAAUUUAAUAUAAUUGUGUCUGUCAAAUAUGUUUCCUAUUGAAUCCUCCCGCGAAUCCACAGUUUUAAUGUCAUUAUGGUUUUAUAUAUACCCACAUCUGCAGAUAUACUCUUACAUGAACACAUAAAUAUAAUCCUAUCAUUCAUACUGGUUUCCACAACAUUCUAUUUUUAUCUUCUUUAAUUGUGGUACAAUGCAAAAUAGCCACAGACCUCUCCCAUCCUUGUAUGCACACCCCUUUGCAAUGUUACUCUUUUUUUCUUUUAUUAAGAGGUAGAACUCUGUCUGCUCCUUGACUCUCGGCUUGGCCAUGUGAUUUGCUUUGGCCAACGUACAUUAGCAAAGAGAUUCAAGAAGAGGCCUGGAGAAAAGUCUGCCUUGAGGCUUAUCUUCUCUUGCUGCUCUUUGGAAUUCUGAGACCUUCCUGUGAAGAAACUCAAGAGUACUCAGCUGGAGGGUGAGAAGCCACAUGGAACAGAAAUGAGCCAGCACAGAUGAGGCCUCUGAGACCAACUGCCAGACAUGAGAGUGAGGCCUUCCUCAACCUCCAGCCCCAGCCAAACUGGCCCACACCAAAAGAGCCAUACCAGUUAACCAGGCCAACCAGAAUUGGGGGAUAAAUAAAAUGAUUCUUGUUUUAAGCUGCUAAGUUUUUGGUAGUUUGUUGCACAGAAAAUGCUAAGCAAUACCUAAAAGUGUAUGCUUGCGGAGAUAUUGUACCAAAACCUAAGACAUGUGGCAUUAGCUUUGGGCCCGGGCGGCAGGUGGAGACUGGAAAAACAAUGAGGAAAACUGUUAAGAAAGGCUGAAAAAGAUGGCAGCUUAUGUUAUUUACUAAGGAAAAGAAUAAAACAGUUACCAUGCUGUGUGAGAAGAUAGAGAAUAUACCAGAUGAACUUGUGGAUCUGGCUAAGGAGAUUUCCAACAGAAUGUUGGAAAUAUCAAUUGGCUUCUUUUUAGCUGCAUAUGGUAAGGUACAAAAAGAGAUGAACUAAGGAAAUAACUGUUCCAUUUGCAAGCAGAAUUCAGAAGAAAUAUUUAAAAAGCCAGGACUUGCUGGGUUGGAAAAUAACUAUUUCUCACAUCUCCAGUCUCUCCGGACAUCAAAAUAUUCUCAAGGUGAAAAGUGGCCUCAGGGUAGAGAUCAAAUCAUGGGUGUGGCUAUAAGACCCUUUGUUAAAAUGUGUGGAAUAUUUAAGUUGGUGUUUGGGAAACUCAGCUAAACCAGAUGGCUUCUAAAAACUUCAUGACAUCGUCCAGGAACCUGACAUAUUGAUAAAGUAGAGAAGGGGCCUGUCUUAAAAAGAAUGGUCAGUGUGGCAUUUGGGGCAUGGAGUAAAUACAAACCAGAUUCAUAGAACACCUAUAAAGUUUCUAAUAGAGUUUUACUACCUCCAGGUUGGACUCAAAGGAAUUGAAACAGUCCAAAAUGAAAAGUGGUCUCUGGACUACCUUUUCUAACUUCUAUGAACAUGAAGCAAGCAGAGAAAGUUAUUCAGCUGCCAUUUCUUAUGGAAAAAGAAGGAUGUCUCAGAAAGGAGACCCAAGAACAAUAUAUUAAAAUGGACUGGGAAGCUGUUCCCAGGUAGAACUGUGACCCAAUCAAGAAACAUCCUGCCCCUGGAGCAGGGAGAUCUGACAACAUUUGCUCUGUGGGAUUUCAGAAUUAUUAUGGAACAGUGACUAAUAUGUGCCUCUUGUUCCUCCCUUCUUUUAAAUGAAAGUGUCUAUUGCAGUUCUCCA